GAGGUUUCCGAAGGGAAGUGCUUGCAAAGUUUUAUUGCUCUUAAUAUUUAUUUUGAUGUGUACUAACUUGUAGAUCGAUGAAGUAGAAGAUGGCGUAAGUCACUCCAGCUACUACUGGGACUUAACUUCGCUCUCCACCGAUAAACUGCCGCAAGAAACAACCAGGUGUAAAAUCAUCGUAAUGAGUGUAUCAAAGUAAUACCUUCAUUUUUUUCGUUCAGGUCAAAGAAGAUCAUUGACUCCAUGAUGGAAAACUGGUAGAUUUUGCCUUGAUGUCGAUCUUCAGAAGGUUGUGGUCAUCAUAUUUUGUUCUUGCCGUCAGAAAGAAUUCCUACUUUGCGAAUCCGAUUAUUGUUGGUAGACAACAUUUUUUCUUCAUAUCAUCAAACGACAUGACUCAUGGAUUUGGCACUGUUUUUCGUUUCCUAUCGUCCUUAUCCGCGUUUACCUAGUACACCUGGCUCCUUUCUCUUGAUAGUGGCUCUUUGCGCAUUAUUCGACAUCUAUGUAGAAAAUCUUAGCUCGUGAUUUGAUAUCUAUACAUAGAUGAUGCGACGUUCAGCAACCAAUUAGGUCCGCUAGUUUUUCUAGUGAGCCGGAGCCCACGCCUAACCUAACCUAACCUAUUCCCAUUAUAUUAGAUGACCAAUGAAACCUUAGCUAUCUGACUCUGACAUUAUACUUACAUGAAGAUAGGUGUUGUCUCUACGUAGGUGUUGUCUUCAAUCAUCUGUUGUUUACAGCACCACUGUUUUCGUCCCGGUUCCUUUGCCGCACUGUCGUGUAACUGAAUUAAUUUAAGCCUUCGUAGGGAUAGGACGCAUUCGCGUUGUCGUAGUUCGAGUAUGAUGUCCUCUUGAUGUUUUGUCCUCGAUCAUCUUCGUCGUCUCUUCAGUGAUGACAGCACCAAUCGAAUGUGAAGAUUGUCAUUCAACGUCGCCUGACCAGAGACGCAGAAGAUCGCGAUGCCAAAAAAAUAUUAAUGACAUCUUCACCACCACGACCACCAGUACGAGAAGAAGAAAACCCCUGUUCACGCGACGUACGAGUUCAUAUAGUACAACACUUACAACAAGUACUACAGUAAGAGUACUAAGUGUUACUAGAACAACGUCCUCGAGGGGGAAGUUUGCGGAACGAGCAGUAGUCUUACAACAAGUACAACAAGAGUCUCCGGGUUCAUCGUGGUCCACUCUACUAUCGAAGUUAUAA